CUUUCCAUUUCUGUUCUCAUUUCUCUGACUCGUGUCGGUUCAGCGAUCUAAUUAUUCUCAACUCCGGCGACUAUGGCGGAGCAACACCGCAAGACGGUGCUUGAUUCAGGGUGGCUGGCAGCCAGGUCCACCGAAGUCCAAUUCACUGGAAUCCAGCUCACCACGACUCACCCCCCUACUUCCCCCACUUCACCAUGGAUGCAAGCUCUCGUCCCUGGAACUGUUCUGGGGACCUUAGUGAAGAACAAAGUGGUGCCUGAUCCCUUUUAUGGACUUCAAAAUGAAGACAUUGUAGAUAUUGCUGAUUCUGGAAGAGAUUAUUAUACCUUCUGGUUUUUUACCACCUUUGACUGUAAGCUGUCUAUCAAUCAACACUGUGAUCUGAACUUCCGUGGAAUCAAUUACUAUGCUGAUGUGUAUUUGAAUGGGCACGAAAUCACAUUGCCAAAAGGAAUGUUUCGAAGGCAUUCAAUUGAUGUCACCGAUAUUCUUCACCCUGAUGGCAGUAAUCUUCUAGCUGUUCUUGUUCACCCUCCCGAUCAUCCGGGGAGAAUUCCUCCUGAAGGGGGACAGGGUGGUGAUCACGAGAUAGGCAAGGAUGUUGCCACACAAUAUGUGGAAGGCUGGGAUUGGAUAGCUCCAAUAAGAGAUAGGAAUACUGGAAUAUGGGAUGAAGUUUCCAUUUCUGUUACUGGGCCAGUAAAAAUAAUUGAUCCGCACUUGGUGUCAUCAUUUUUUGACAAUUAUGAAAGAGCUUAUCUACACACAACUACUGAGUUGGAAAAUAAGAGCUCCUGGACUGCUGAGUGUUCUUUGAGUAUCCAAGUGAUCAUGGAACUUGAGGAUAACAUUUGCCUAGUGGAGCAUGUGGAAACUCAAUAUCUCUCAGUUCCAGCAAAUUCAAGGGUGCAGUAUACAUUUCCUGAGCUUUUCUUCUAUAAGCCCAAUUUAUGGUGGCCAAAUGGAAUGGGAAAGCAGUCUUUGUACAAUGUUAUCAUUAACAUUGAUGUUAAAGAAUAUGGUGAGUCUGAUUCAUGGAGCCAUCUCUUUGGGUUCCGCAAAAUUGAGAGCCAUAUUGAUGAUGCUACUGGAGGGAGGUUGUUUAAAGUCAAUGGAGAACCAAUUUUUAUUCGAGGGGGAAACUGGAUAUUGUCUGAUGGGCUACUGAGGCUUUCUAAGAAGCGGUAUAAUGCAGAUAUAAAAUUUCAUGCAGAUAUGAAUUUAAACAUGAUUCGUUGCUGGGGUGGUGGACUUGCAGAAAGGCCAGAGUUUUAUCAUUAUUGUGACUAUUAUGGCCUUCUGGUAUGGCAAGAGUUCUGGAUAACUGGGGAUGUUGAUGGACGUGGCGAUCCAAUAUCAAAUCCAAAUGGACCUCUAGACCAUGAUCUUUUCUUGUUUUGUGCAAGAGACACGGUGAAGCUUCUCAGAAAUCAUCCUAGUCUUGCUCUCUGGGUGGGUGGAAAUGAACAAACUCCACCAGAUGAUAUAAAUACUGCUUUGAAAAAUGAUCUGAGGCUUCAUCCUUGGUUUGAAACUGUAGAUGAAACUAACAAAUCUGUAGGACACUUGUCUCUGGAGCUGACCGAUCCCAGUCAGUACCUUGAUGGCACACGCAUAUACAUAGAAGGAUCAUUGUGGGAUGGGUUUGCUGAUGGAAAGGGGAACUUCACUGAUGGUCCUUAUGAAAUUCAAAAUCCGGAAGACUUCUUCAAGGAUAAUUAUUAUGAUUAUGGAUUUAAUCCAGAGGUUGGCUCCGUAGGAGUGCCAGUUGCAUCUACCAUAAGAGCCACAAUGCCUCCGGAAGGAUGGAAGAUACCAGUGUUUAAGAAACUUUCCAAUGGUUAUGUAGAAGAAGUUCCGAACCCCAUAUGGGAGUACCAUAAAUACAUUCCUUAUUCGAAACCAAGCAAGGUUCAUGAUCAAAUUCAACUUUAUGGUGAUGCAAAAGAUCUUGAUGAUUUUUGUUUGAAGGCUCAACUUGUCAAUUACGUACAAUAUAGAGCUCUUCUCGAAGGAUGGAGCUCUCGAAUGUGGAGCAAAUAUACCGGUGUAUUGAUUUGGAAGACGCAAAAUCCUUGGACAGGUCUGAGAGGUCAGUUUUACGAUCAUCUCCUUGACCAAACCGCAGGCUUCUAUGGUUGUCGAUGUGCUGCCGAGCCAAUUCACAUACAACUUAAUCUGGCUACAUAUUCUAUAGAGGUUGUUAAUACUACGUUGAAAGAAUUAUCUAAUGUCGCUAUGGAAGCUUCAGUGUGGAAUCUGGAAGGAACAUGCUCAUACUAUAAGAUUCUUGAAAAUCUCUCUUUGCUGCCAAAGAAAGUUGCAUCUAUUUCUGAGAUGGAUUAUCCGAAGUCAAAAAAUUCAGAACCAGUUUAUUUUCUUCUUCUCAAACUAUACAGCAUGUCAGAUCACACAACCAUCUCUAGAAACUUUUAUUGGUUACAUAUUUCCGGUGGAGAUUACAAGCUAUUGGAGCCAUAUAGGAAGAAGAAAAUACCUCUCAGGAUAACCUCCCAGACUUCCAAUGAAGGGUCCACUUACAAAAUUCAAAUUCAAGUGAAGAACACAUCAAAAGAACCAUACUCUAAACGUUCAACAGGUAGGCUCAGCUAUGUUGAUGGUAAGGACUCACUGGAAACAGCAGAUUCCUUGGUUGACAAGGAACAUGAAGUUGGUUGGUUUAAGAGGUUACAGAGAUGUUUUGCUGGGAAAAGUGAUGGUUUGAAAGUUUAUGAGAUAAAUGGGGAUGACGUUGGUGUUGCUUUCUUUCUUCAUUUUUCUGUUCAUACCUCAAAGAAGGACAAUAAGGAAGGGGAAGACACAAGAAUUCUUCCGGUUCAUUAUUCAGAUAAUUACAUUUCAGUGAUCCCAGGAGAGGUGAUGCAUAUUGAGUUGACUUUUGAAGUCACUGACCCUGAGGGUGUCACUCCUUGUGUUGCUCUGCAUGCUUGGAAUUACGAUGAAGCACACUUCAUUCUAUGAAGUUGUAUGAUAAUCACACUCAACACAACAGCCUAGUGAAAUGCUCAUGUAUUUUAGAUUUUAAAGUAAUAUUACAUGACUAACAAAGUUUAUUA